AUGAAAAUCAAAGCGCUUUCAAGAUCGCUCGACGUCCAUACUGCAGCUCGGCAAGGCGAUCCUGCACCCUUAUCCAGAAACCUCGAUCCAGCACUGCAUCCGUUCGACAAGCCGAGAGAAUACACGCGAGCUCUUAACGCUGCCAAACUCGAUCGACUCUUUGCCAAACCCUUUGUUGGUGCUCUGGAAGGUCAUGUUGAUGGCAUCUAUUCGAUUGCUAAGGACACAAACCGACUCAAUGUAGUUGCUUCGGCAAGUGGCGAUGGAGAGAUAAGACUCUGGGACUUGGCACGGCAGAAGCCUAUCUACGUCUAUCCGAGGGCACAUUCCGGUAUUAUUCAGUCGAUCUGCAUUUCUCCUUUGACCUUUAUCUCUCCCACCGGAAACUCUACUGUUGGUCGACGGAUGUUGUCCUGCUCGACAGAUCGAACUGUGAAGGUGUGGGAUGCUGAUCCGAGACCUGAUGGCUUGGGUCAGACCAGUUUCAAUGCUAUGGAGGACGAUGAUGACCAAGACGAUGAUGCGGAUGCGGAUAUGACCACCGGUGGCAGCUUGCGAAGGGGCGGAUUGCUCAGUACACGCGAUAAAGACGUUCCCCCCAGCGAACCCCUAACCGUCUACAGCGGCAAGUCCGCCUUCAACUCUCUCACCCACCAUGCAACCAACGCCAUCUUUGCCUCUGCAUCUUGCUCCAUCCAAACCUGGGAUCUUGAACGCGGUGGAUCCUCGGACCCUUUACUCUCCAUGACUUGGGGGCCGGAGGCAAUCAACGUUGUUCGCUUCAAUAUGAGCGAACGCCAAGUCCUAGCUAGCGCGGGAAGCGAUCGAGGUAUUGUGCUUUAUGAUCUACGCAGUGGUAAACCGUUGACCAAGAUGAUCAUGCAGAUGCGAGCCAAUGAUAUCGCAUGGAACCCAACCGAACCCACCAUCUUUGCCGUCGCAAGCGAAGAUCAUAACGUAUACACUUUCGAUAUGCGUCACCUCAACUCUGCUACUCAGAUCUAUAAGGAUCAUGUUGCUGCUGUCAUGUCGGUUGAUUUCUCUCCCACGGGUACGGAGCUGGUAACAGGUUCCUACGACCGCACACUUCGCAUCUGGGAGUAUGGCAAGGGUAAUCAUUCGAGGGAUGUUUAUCAUACAAAGCGAAUGCAGAGGGUUUUUUCGAGCGCCUUUUCGAUGGAUGCUCGUUUUCUUCUCAGCGGUUCCGAUGAUGGCAACCUGCGCAUUUGGAAAGCUAAGGCAAGUGAAAAAUUGGGUUUACUUAGCGCAAGAGAGAUGGCUCAGAGAGAAUACUCGGAGAAUCUACGAAACAAGUGGAGUGCUGUGCGAGAGGUUUGCAAGAUCGAGAAACAAAGACAUGUACCCAAGCCUAUUAAACAGGCGCAGAGAUUGAACAAGACAAUCCUGGAUGCAAGCAAGAAUAAGCAAGAGAACAGGAGGAAACAUUCAAAGGCUGGAGACAAGAAACCAAAAGCUGCAAGAAAGGAAGCUAUCCUCUCUCUACGAGAAUAG